CAGGAACAUUCAGUAUAAUGUUCCAUCAGUUUUUCUUUUGAAACAUUCAGUAUAAUGUUUCAGGAACAUUCAGUAUAAUGUUCCAACAGUUUUUCUUUUGAAACAUUCAGUAUAAUGUUUCAGGAACAUUCAGUAUAAUGUUCCAACAAUUUUUCCUUUGAAACAUUCAGUAUAAUGUUUCAGGAACAUUCAGUAUAAUGUUCCAACAGUUUUUCUUUUGAAACAUUCAGUAUAAUGUUUCAGGAACAUUCAGUAUAAUGUUCCAACAGUUUUCUUUUGAAACAUUCAGUAUAAUGUUUCAGGAACAUUCAGUAUAAUGUUCCAACAGUUUUUCUUUUGAAACAUUCAGUAUAAUGUUUCAGGAACAUUCAGUAUAAUGUUCCAACAGUUUUCUUUGGAAAUAUUCAGUAUAAUAUUUCAGCAGUUUGUUUCAUUUAAUAAUUGGUCAGUAUUAUAUUCAAAUACUAAUUUAACUUAAAAGUUUCAGAUUAUUAUGUUAUUUAAAGUUAUUAUUUGUGGUACAAUUCCAGUCCUUCAGUGUGGCUAAAAUUAUAUGUAUAUGGGCAUAUAUAUAUGGUAUUUCAGUUAUAGGUUAGUUAUAAUCUAUCAUUUCAAUAAACAUGGUGAUAGUUUUACUUGAAAGUCUUUCUUCAAGGGUCAGUUGCAGUUUCUGAUAUAUAGCUGGUUGAAUAACAUAGAUUCAUAUUACUUUGGUUCACUAAACCUACAUUUUAUUUAAGAACUGCACAACCUAAAUGACUCUUCAGUAAAUGUAUUUAUCUAUACAAGUAAACUAUAACAAGUGUUCUUCUGUUUUAGCAAAGAUGCCAAGAGGCAAUCCAGGUGUAAAGCGCAAGGCGACAACGGAGGCCACAAGAUCUAAAAAGAAAAUACCCGUAACAGUAAGAAGUACUCCGUCGGAGGCUCAGGAAAGGGACGCGGACCCACCGAUGACCUUAAAUGCCUUGUCCUCGGCAAUAAACUAUGAGGAACUAGCAAAGCAUAUCGUGAGGGAACAGGACAAAGUGAGAGCAUCCCAGUCCACAGUCUCGGCUGUCACUCAAGACACAGUGAACGCCACCACAACAAAUAAUGUCAAUCAAACUGCCACGCAAAAUCCGGAAGAAUCUCAGACUCCAACCAACGCAGCUAAAGAAAGUGGUUCCUCAGGUGCGGUCCAGGCCAGCAUACCUACUUCUAAUGCUCAACUCGCCGACGCUUCCAGAUCAACACCUGAAAACUCGGACAAUGUUAACACAAUUUUAGAUGCUAUUUUUAUGCGAGGCUGCCCGGCAGUUGGCACCACAUCUGAUGGAAGAUCAAACACCCAUACCAGACUGUCUGCUGCACAUUUGACCAGUGAGGCACAAUCUCUACUCUCGGCAUCAUUAUCAUCUUCCACACAAGCAGCAUACAGAAGAUCAUGGCAGCUCCUUCAAUCAUUUCAAGCUAAAACAUCAUUACCAUUACAGGUGGCAGAUAUUUGCAACUUCAUUGCUCAUCUCCAUGGCUCCCAUUUUAGUGCAAGUACAAUAUCUUCUCAUAUAUCAGCACUAAGCUAUGUUCACAAGCUACUUGGUUUACCUGACCCUACACAAAUGUUUAUUGUCAAAAAAAUAUUAAGAGGUUGUCACAAAUUGUCUCACACUGCAGAUUCACGCCUUCCGAUUACUUUAGAUAUUUUAGAACAAAUUAUUAAAGCUCUGCCAAUUACUGUCCCUGUUUUGGACCAUCAUAUCAUGUUAAGAGCCCUUUUCUUACUCUGUUUUCAUGCAUUCCUUAGGAUGGGUGAGGUGACUGUGAAGCAGGGUGCUGCCCACAACAAGGUCAUUCAGGUGCAAGAUAUAACAUUUCAAUUCAAAAGGCAAAAGCCCUGCAGUGUUCAGUUAGUUUUGCGUCACUUUAAAACUCAAAAGAUGAAUGAGCCUAUAAUAAUUUGCUUAGAGAGUUCGGCCAAUUCAGAAUUAUGUCCUGUCAAUGCAUUUUAUGUUUAUCAGUCUCAAUAUUCACAUCGCUCAGGCCCACUUUUUCAGUUUAAAGAUGGCACACCACUUUCAUAUAAUUAUGUUUCCAAGCAACUUGCAGCCUCAGUAAAAUUUACAGGUCUGAAUCCAGCAUUAUACAAAGGUCAUAGUUUCCGAAUUGGAGCUGCAACUUAUGCUGCUCAAAAAGGGGUACUCCGAGAAUUAUAUACAGCAACUGGGUCGUUGGAACUCUAAUGCUUUGAAGCGUUAUAUUCGAAUCCCUGCUUUCUCUGUUUGAUAUCCUUGUCCGUAGUUACAUGUACUACCCAAUCUAAUACUUCAUAAUAGGUCAGUGUUUUACUGCUAUCUUACUAAAAAGCAAUAUACUAGCUAGUACAUGUAUGAAAUAAUGAUAUGCACAACUUGCUUGUACAGGACAGUGUAUUACUGCUGCUAGAAAUGUGUCACAUAGCACCAUGCAUGAAUCCCUACCACGGUUUAUUUUUUAUUUUUUAUUUUUAUUUUUUUUUUAUUUUUUUUUUUUUUUUUUUUUCCACGCAGGGCAGUGUUUAACUGCUGUAUUCAUCAUUCUAAUGGUCAUGAUUUUUAUGAUAUGAUAAGAAAAUAUUCAGGUCAGUGUUUUACUGCUGUAGCCAUUGUAAUCUACGGUGUAUUCAGUGUCAAAGUAAAUUGAAUGCUACUGGUCAGUGUUUAACUGCUAUAACCACAUUACCGUGUAAUAUUAUUAUGGUCAAUUUAAAUUUGGUUCCUUAAGGUCAGUGUUUAACUGCUAAAACAACCUAUUGUAAAAAAUUAAAGGUCUCCCAAUAAUGUGCUGGCUCACCAAUUAAUUAAGUACAUCUUUCAAAUUUCCGUUCGCUUUAUCUAUUCUCAAAGUUUAUUAUGUUAAUGAAUUGCAGCUCACCUUGGAUGGCGUGGGAUAUGAUCUGAUGAUCAUAUCUUUGGCCGUAUUUGUCGCCAUCUUUUGCUUUUUGUAAGCCGUAUGUAAUUUUUUAUAAAGUUUAUGUUGUAUCUAAUCAGAACUAAAGUUUUCUUUGUGACCUAUUUUCUAUGGGGGAAAUCAGAACGUAUGUGUUCAUAUCUUGUAAAAUGUAUAUAUUUAUAAUUUAAGUGCGUGCAAAAUGUUUGUUUUUUGUUUUUUUUUUUGCUGAUUUCCCCCCUUGUUUGUAAAACUUAAUUUUUCGUCAUUUACUAUUGAAUAAAUGACAUUUUCAUUCUCACAGAUAUUUGUCCUGUCGUAAUUGAAAUAGAAUUCUGAGCAAAACAAAGCUGCGGUGAGCUGUUUGUAUCUAGGAAAUAGUGAGAGACAUAAAACACCUAUUAUGUAGAUAAUAGCAUUUAUGGCGAUACUUUUCCUGUAAAAAUAGUUGCCCCCUUUUGGAACCCCCGUUGAUUUAACCCUGUGUUGAGCCCCAGGAAAUAUGAGCCAAGCAGAUGGCGCAUUAUCCAAUGAGAAUUAAAUAAAGAGUCACGUGGUUUUGUUAUUAUUGCCAAACAUUGAUUCGAGGACACACGUUUUUAGCCCUUUGGAUUUUAAUUGCCCACCACCUCCCCAUUCUCAUGUCCACCUAUUUUAUUUUUUAUUAUUUUUGCUUAGACAUGGAUUUUUUCAUAUGUUAGAAGUAUAUAUACAGUGUACUUGUAUAGCGAAGUCUGUCUAUGAUGUAAAAACCAUUUUUAUUUAUAAUUGCUGUUUUACAAGUUUUCGUUCUUGAUGUCACACUUUUUUCAGAUCGGCCGUAUUUGUCGCCAUCUUUUGCUUUUUGUAAGCCGUAUGUAAUUUUUUAUAAAGUUUAUGUUGUAUCUAAUCAGAACUAAAGUUUUCUUUGUGACCUAUUUUCUAUGGGGGAAAUCAGAACGUAUGUGUUCAUAUCUUGUAAAAUGUAUAUAUUUAUAUGUGCGUGCAAAAUGUUUGUUUUGUUUUUUGCUGAUUUCCCCCCUUGUUUGUAAAACUUAAUUUUUCGUCAUUUACUAUUGAAUAAAUGACAUUUUCAUUCUCACA